CACAACUCACGCACUGUCUCACUCUAUAGAAUUCCGCAGGAACGAUCACGAAAAAGACCAGGAAGCCAAAGAAAGCCCUCCUCACAUAUACUCACAAGAAUCACGUAAAAGAAGGGAAACCCGAAAACCUUUUCCAAUAUUUGCAUUAAUUAAAGAAAAAGUUGAGGUUGGGGGGUGCGGAUUUUGGGUUAUCUUAUCUGGCAUGAACAAGAACAGUAGUGGGAAAAUGAUGGAGAAAAGUAGUAGUAGUAGUAGUAGUGAUAAGGUGAUGGACGGUUCAGAUAUAACGCAGUUGGUUGAGAACGAGAAAGUUUUUAGCAAUUUUGUGGAUCAUAAAUUUCAAGAACUUGACACCGACUGUGACGGGAAGCUCUCUGUCAAAGAGUUGCAACCUGCUGUGGCGGAUAUAGGCGCUGCUCUUGGCUUGCCUGCUCAGGGCACUAACCCUGAAUCUGAUUACAUUUAUACUGAGGUUCUUAAUGAAUUUACCCACGGUAAACUACAGAAAAUAAGCAAGCCUGAAUUUAAAGAGGUUCUAUCAGAUUUUCUACUGGGAAUGGCAGCUGGUCUAAAACGAGACCCUGUUGUGAUUCUUCGGAUCGAUGGCGAAGAUCUCCAUGAGUUUGUCGAGAGUCUGACUUUUGAACCGGAGACGCUUUCUAUAUUUUCAGAGAUUGGAUUGCCCAAUGGAUCCCUCAAAGACUACAUCAUUAAGGCUUUCGAGAAACUUACAGUUGAGCAUGGGAUGCCUCCUGCCACAGAUCCUUGGGUUAUGAGUAAUGUUGUGGAACCAGCACUAGAAUGCCUUGGGGAUGCCCUUCAGCAGCCCAUAUCACAGGAUACAUUUUUGGUUGCAUUCAAGAAAGCUGCAAAAAGUAUAGUGCAGCUUCUCAAGGAACAACCGGCUAUUGUUGCUCACAGUCAGAAUACUUUUGAUGGGAGCUGUAUUAAGAAGCUGUUGUCUAACAAAUUUGAGUUGGAUAAGGCAAUGGAUUCUGCCUUACGAGGUAUACCCAGAGAGCGACACGGGACAAUAUCAAAGGAAUAUUUGGGAGUGGCACUUGAUUCGUUGGCCGCGUCUGCUGACUUACCUCCACUUGGUGCCAUUGAUCAGAUGGAUGAUAUUAUGAACGAAGCUCUUAAAAUGGUCGGUGUCGGUGACGGGAAAGUGGUGAAGGAAGAUGAGUUCAAGAAGUUGUUAACAGAAGUUCUUGGGAGCAUCAUGCUGCAGUUGGAAGGCAACUCGGUUUCAGUGUCGACAAAUUCAAUUGUGCACGAGCCGGUCCCUUCAUCCUCCACACUCCUGCAGCCGUCAUCACCCUAGCUAGGAGAGCAGAGAAAUAAUGGAAGCAUAACAAGAAUAACUGCGGCAGAUGUAUAUGUAGCAGAUGGUUGCUAACCUAAGUAAUUACUAGACUGCAAGUUUCUUGCAGCUUGGCAGAGAGGUGUACGCUUGUAAGUAACUAAUGCUGAGUUAAUGAUAAUUGUGUCUUAAUUCAGCAUGUUGAGCUUGCCAGUUAACUUUGAUCUUUCAAACAA